AUGGCUCAUAUCAACAACAAUGCCAAUGGAGACAAGUUGUUCACAUUGAAGGAUGAACCCUUGGAGAACUUGCGGCGUCUCAAGGUCAGGGUGAUUGGAGCAGGAUACUCGGGAAUUUUAGCUGCCAUCAGGAUUCCAGAGCGUCUGAGGAAUAUAGACCUGACUGUGUACGAGAAAAACGAGGCUGUGGGUGGAGUAUGGUGGUUGAACAAAUACCCAGGGUUGGCCUGUGAUAUCCCUUCUCAUUCUUACCAGUAUACAUUUGCUCCGAAUCCUCAUUGGUCUUCUCUCUAUGCCCCUGGCCCAGAAAUCCAGAGAUAUCUGCAGAAUGUGGCAGACAAAUUUGGGGCCACGAGAUUCAUCAAGACGCAGCACAAGCUCCUGCGAAGCGUCUGGAACCCGGAGCGUAGGAAGUGGAUGAUCAGGGUUCAGAGGACCGCCUCGGGUGAGAUCUUUGAAGAAGAUGACGUGGAUGUGCUUAUAACUGCCAGGGGAAUGCUCAAUGAUCCAUCGUGGCCCAAUGUGCCUGGUUUGGACAAAUUCCAAGGAAAACUUCUUCACUCAGGAGAAUGGGAUGAUGGAUACGAUUUUCGACACAAACGCGUGGGCGUUGUUGGAAAUGGUUCGAGUUCCAUCCAGAUUGUCCCCAGCCUGCAACCUCUCGAGGGUAUCAAGAUGACAGUCUUCAUGCGCUCGCCGACGUGGAUUUCCGGCGCUUUCGGUGAUGCCGCAAUGAAGGCACUCGGCUUGGAUCCAGGUGACAUCGAGUUCACCCCAGAGCAGCGGGAGGCCCUCGCUCGUGACCCCCAGGAAUAUCUCAGGAUGAGGAAGGUAAUUGAGGAUGGCGGAAACCUUAUCCACGACUCGACCAUCCGAGGGACCGAGAUGCAGAAGCAGUUUGUCAGCGACUUCACAUUGUCGAUGAAACAACGACUGGCCAAGCGGCCUGAGCUCUUGGACGCCAUCAUCCCGACGUUCGCACCAGGGUGCCGGAGGCUGACACCUGGGAAAGGCUAUCUCGAAGCGCUGAUGGAGGACAAUGUCGACGUGACCAACGAGACGAUCGUCGAGAUCACCGAGACGAGCGUCAAGCUAGCAAGCGGACGCAUGGUUGAGGUGGACGCCUUGGCCUGCGCCACCGGCUUCAAGACGUCCGCGCCACCCAACUUCGAGGUCGUCGGUAAGAACGGGCUGACCCUUGCGCAGAGGUGGGAUCCCCAUCCCGAGAGCUACAUGAGCCUGAUGGUGGAUGGUUUCCCCAACUACCUGAUGAUGUUUGGGCCCAACAGCGCCAUUGGAUUUGGCAGCCUGACCAAGAUCCUGGAGAAUGAGUGCGAUUACUGUGUCAAGAUCCUUCGAAAGAUGCAGAAGGAGGACUACGCUACCAUCGAGCCCAGGCCGGAGCGGGUCAGGGACUUUCAGCAGUACAUUGGCGCCUACUUUGCCAAGACGGUGUAUAUGGACACGUGCAAAUCUUGGUAUCGGAGCGAGGGAGGCCAGGGCAACUGGAUCAUUGGUCUCUGGCCUGGCAGUACACUGCACGCCCUGGAAGCGCUAAGGUCGCCUCGCUGGGAGGACUUCAUCUUUGAGAGCUCCGACCCAACAGGAAACAGCCUGCGGUGGUUGGGCAAUGGCUGGAGCGUGACACAGACGGAUGGCGAUCCAUCAUGGUACAUCAACCCCGACGAGGUGGACUGGCCCAAGGACGGUAAACCAGAGGACAACCCACGCUACAAGGCUCGGCCCUGGUCAUAUUAG